AUGGACCCGGUGGACCGUAGCAAGGACACAGUGAUAAUCCCGGCGGUGAGCAAAGACGAAAGCGGUCAAAAGCGUGUCGAAAAAGUGGAAGUUGAAUCUCAGAAUGUGGACACGCUCAAGCACGUGGAGAAGAAGAUGAUUGACAAAGGUGUCCGAAGACAAGACCGUCAUCCGAUGGACGGGGUUCCGUUAGGCCGUCAGCACAAGGCCGGUCACGGCGGGAAAUACACUUGGGAAGGUCCGAGGGACUUCCUGGAGAACGAGAUGGAUCCGGCGCCGGCGGCUAUCGACGAGAACGAUCCAAACUACGUGGACGAAGAGGCAGAAGGAAGGAUACUUAGAGGGGAGGUAAGUGGAGUGGCUGGCUUGGUGGUUGGGGAAAUUGAGGUGCCUAAACUUGCGGAAGAAGGGGUCGCUAGAAUUGAUGUUGAUCCGCAGCUACAAACUAAUCUCUAA